AUGGAGGGUCACAUCGAGAAAUGCCAGUUUAUUGUGAAUGCGGAGGUCGAUUGUCGUUUGAAUAGCGUAGACAGCAGUAUCCUUGAGUUCCUGCCAUUUGAGGAACUUUUGAUUAGGAAUGUCGAUAUCUUCGGUCUUCCAUUUAACAAUUUGAAAAGCCAUGAGACUACCAAGUGCAAUAUUGAGGUCGUUGGCGGCGCGGGUGCGGAUGUCGGUGCCAUCAAGGUCAACUUCUGCAUUGAUUUCAGGUACCAGCUCACCUGUGAAGACCACUCAGAGCCGGUAAUUGUGGCAAUUGAGCACUUUGUGGAGGGAAUAGGUCCAUUGCGUGUAGUUGGAAAUCUGCUGAAGGGCACAAAACGUAUCCUCGAUCCUAAAUCCGAAGGUCAUCGCGGCUGUAGCGAGUGGAAAUGA